AUGUCCGAAUCCACACCUCACUUUGAUACCCUUGAGCAUCUUCCCCAGCUUGUCACAUAUCCCGCCAUCUCAGAGGAUGACAAGAUCUCUGCCCUUCGCCUCAUCGCCGAUAGUGUGGCCCAGCAACGCCAAAUUGCUGCAAAAUCCCUGAUAUCACAUCCACUCUGCAUCACUGCACUAGUCCUUCUUAUAUCCCUGGCCGGAAAAUAUCAGUCCCAUGGAAAAUCACUGGGCGACCUGGCGUUUGUAGGCACUACCGGCGCAGGAUGCAUAAUGAUCUUGCUCGUGCUUGUGCAAUGGGUGACCAGCGCGUACCUCGAAGAGGCGUCACGCGUUGGAACCUGGAAAUGGCUGAAAAGCGAGGCCAAGGACCCUUCUACCCCAGUCAGCCCACUCACAGAUGAUGUCUUCCUCGUUACUAAAUACGGCGAUGAAAUUAUUGGCACGAUUCUUCUACGAAUACCAUCCUCGCCGAAGUCGAAGGCAGAGACACAGGGAGAACAGUCAGUAUUGGUGCGCGCAUGGACCGUAGGACGCCGCUAUCGCCAGAAGGGCAUUGGAACCGGGCUGUUGGAGGAGGCGUUUUCCUACCUACAAGCCAGAAGCCUGCAUGAUCUAGAUGUCAGAUUCGAUAGAUCCCACGCAAAUUCGUUCCGAGUACUACCAGGAAUGUUUAAUCGGCCCUUCGACAAGAGAGAAAAUUGGGCAAGACGGAAGUUGGAGGGUGUCAGAAAAAUACAAAACGUCAUGGUGAAGAAGUAA